CAUGCAACCGGGGCCUGUUUUUGUGACUGCAGCCUCCUUCCUGUAGCCCGGUUGAGGAAGUGAAUUUCGCUGACAGGGCUGGGUUCAGAGAGGGAGACGCGAACAAAACAUCUUCAUCACGGCUCUCAAAAAACAUCAAAGCAACAAGAGACAAAAGGAGCGACCUGUUAAACCAUAGUAAAGUUAGGGUGUACACUCAUCGGUGAAGUCGUGCUCUCCCCUGCCCAGCUGAGACCGCCGCAGACAUGAAUGACCAGCAGCUGGAUUGUGCUCUGGACCUGAUGAGGCGUCUGCCUCCUCAGCAGAUCGAGAAGAACCUCAGUGACCUCAUUGACCUGGUGCCCAGUCUGUGUGAGGACCUCCUCUCCUCUGUGGACCAGCCCCUAAAGAUCGCACGAGACAAAGUGGUGGGGAAAGACUAUCUUCUCUGUGAUUACAACCGAGACGGCGACUCCUACAGAUCCCCGUGGAGUAAUAAGUAUGAACCUCCCAUUGAAGACGGUGCAAUGCCUUCAGCCCGCCUGAGGAAACUCGAGGUUGAGGCAAACAAUGCCUUCGAUCAGUACAGAGACCUGUACUUUGAAGGUGGGGUUUCCUCCGUGUACCUCUGGGAUUUGGAUCACGGCUUUGCAGGAGUUAUUCUCAUUAAGAAGGCUGGAGAUGGAUCCAAGAAGAUCAAAGGGUGCUGGGACUCCAUUCAUGUGGUGGAGGUGCAGGAGAAGUCCAGUGGUCGUACUGCUCACUACAAACUCACCUCCACUGUCAUGCUGUGGCUCCAGACAACGAAAACUGGCUCCGGUACCAUGAACCUCGGCGGCAGCCUUACAAGACAGAUGGAGAAAGAUGAGACGGUUGGAGAGUCCUCACCCCACAUCGCUAACAUCGGCCGCCUCGUUGAAGAUAUGGAGAAUAAGAUCCGCUCCACACUGAAUGAAAUCUACUUUGGGAAGACCAAGGACAUCGUCAACGGCCUGAGGAGUGUGCAGACUCUGGCUGACAAGUCAAAGCAGGAUGCUCUGAAGGUCGACCUGAUGGAGGCGCUCAAACGCAAACAUAACAGCUAGAGAUGCUACUGUUGUUUUCUUCUGUCUCUCUGUCUCUCUCUCUGCCUCAUCCCUGCCAUCUUUUCUCUGUUUCUUUACGUCUCUUCCUCCAUGCCUGUUUCAGUGCUGCACUCUUGUUUAUUUGUGGAAAAACAAAAAAGGAGAAAUGCUUAGCUUUUUUUUUUUUUUUUUUUUUUGUCUGGUUGUUUUCAUGCAUCUCAUCUGCCAUGAAGCCAUUCACUCACGCUGUCUUCUCCCCUCUUUUCUCUCUCUCUCUCUCUCCCCCCCCCCCCCCCCCCCCCCCCCCCCCCCCGUCCCAUGUUAUGAAUAUGAUAGUAUUACCACGGUUAAUGAUAAUCUCAAGGGUCACUCUAGUAAUAAUCCCUGAUGUUCUCACAGCUGAUAUGUCCUCAGUCGAUUUGUAACGAGCGAUUCUGUUCCUGCUCUUCCUCUGCGACGAGGACACAGACUGUGCAGUAGGUGGUGGAGGCUUGGCAGUGGUGUCAUUAUUAUGUUCAUCAAAUUAUAUUCUUGCAUCUAUCUUUUUUUUUUUUUUUUUUUUUUUUUUUUCCUAUGACACCCCCCCCCCACCCAACCCCAAACCCAAAUAUAUUUGUAUAGAAUUAAAACUGUCCAUGUAUAACGAGUGGUUAUUCUUCUGGGCAAUAUAAACGGUGCAAAUACGAGGGCGGCCUUUCUGUGUGAGCAAGAACGUUUUUACACUUUAUUUCCACUCUGUCCACAUGCAUGAGAGCCUUUGUGGAGCUGCAGAGGGUGGAAAUGAAAACUUCUCAAACAUAGGGAUGGACUGUUAUUAUCACCGGGUACACCCUCGUCAUAAUCAACUCCCCCCCCCACACACACACUGUAUAACAUGACAGUUUGCUUCCCCUUUGUUCAGCCUGUUAACGUCUUCUCUAUCCUCACCUAUUAUGUCUUUGUUGGGGGUCACAGUUUGUCUUGGUGUCACAGUGGAAACCUUUGUUUCCAUUUUGGAGGGGAAUCUUUGUUGUAUUUUUUUUUUGUUUGUUUUUAUUUUGUAAAGCUUAUGACUCAUAUUGUAUUAGAGCCUCCAGCAACAAUAAAAAUUGUAAAAAGCUG